UGUGAGACCUGACCGCCUAUUGGCUGCAUCAUGUCGAGACACUGACGCACGCGACGUCUCUCCUCUAUUGUGGCGUGCACGUAAGGAACGGGCAGGAUGCACGAGUAGGCAGUAGGGUUGAUAUAAGGAUAAAAUAACAGAGAGACCCCAAGGUAACGCAGUACAACAUAUUAGAAAAGAACAUUAGCUUAUUACAUUAUAAGGAUUCAAAGAAACAUUGGGCCCGUGAACAAGGCAGAGGUCUGAUACAAAGGACUGUAAACAAACAGCUGCUGUGGUCAGCACGUAACGUUAGAACGCGCGGAGAUAUCUGAGCACAACACGCCAGGCAACUGUCUGAUAGCUGAGCGAAAUUUCUGUCCAAAGUUCUUCUCUCCACUCCGGCUUAUGUGGACUGAUUCAGAGCUGGGACAUCAUGAUGCCAGUGAACUUUCUGGUCACGCACUGGCUGAUCAACUUAACACCAGCAGCAUCAUGUUGGUGAACCCCCCAAGCAGCAAUGAUGCCUGCCUCAGCAUUGUCCACAGCCUCAUGUGUCACCGGCAGGGUGGAGAGAAUGAGGGCUUUGCUAAGCGUGCCAUUGAGAGCCUGGUGAAAAAACUGAAGGAGAAGAAGGAUGAGCUGGACUCGCUCAUCACUGCCAUCACCACCAAUGGCGUUCAUCCCAGCAAGUGUGUCACCAUCCAGAGGACGCUGGAUGGAAGGCUGCAGGUGGCAGGGAGGAAGGGUUUUCCUCAUGUGAUUUAUGCACGGCUGUGGCGCUGGCCUGACCUCCACAAGAAUGAACUCAAGCAUGCCAAGUUCUGCCAGUAUGCCUUUGACCUGAAGUAUGACAAUGUGUGUGUCAACCCCUACCAUUAUGAGAGAGUGGUGUCUCCAGGCAUUGUUGGUCUCAGUCUUCAGAACACAGCAGCACCUAGCGGGCUCAUCAAAGAGGAAUACAUUCAUGACUGUAUACAGAUGGACCUCCCACCCGGCAUGCCUCUGUUAGAUCACCAAGCAGCCCUGAAGCUUCCUCCUCCAGACUGCUAUGGCCAACCCCUUCCUCGACCACAGCUGUCCUCGAAGCCGCAUGGCCCCCCACCUGUAACCAGAUACACUAACUUGCCUGUCUCACCCAAAGUGUCUGGCUCAGGCUCCAUCCUGCCACUGCAGGGCAGUCACAGUGAUGGCUGUCUCCAAAGUACAUCCCCACAGGCUCAAGUCAUGCCCCCAGCACAACGGUCUCCGAGCCCAAGCCAACCCCCACCUCAGCAACAGGCUGCCCAACAACUCUCACAGCCCCCCCGCCCACAGCAACCCUCCCUACCUCCUCCUCACUCUCAUGGGCAGAAUGGAUACAGCAACAAUAAACACUCCCAGAGCCAGGCAGCCUUCCACAUUUGGACAGGCAGCAGCACAGCCUCCUACACUCCUGUAGGACUCCAGUCGAACGGGCGUAGUCACCAGCAACCUUCCCUCCAUCAUCCAAACCACCACUGGUCUCCACAUCAUUGUCCAACCUCUUUCCCGCCAUCGGUGUCCAAUCAUCCAGAGUUUUGGUGCUCUAUCUCCUACUUUGAAAUGGACGUCCAGGUGGGUGAGAUGUUCAAGGUGCCCUCCAGCUGCCCUGUAGUGACUGUGGAUGGUUAUGUUGACCCGUCAGGAGGCGAUCGCUUCUGCCUCGGCCAGCUGAGUAACGUCCACCGUACAGAUGCCAGUGAAAGAGCCAGGUUGCACAUAGGUAAAGGUGUGCAACUGGAGUGUCGUGGUGAGGGCGAUGUCUGGAUGCGCUGUAUGAGCGACCACGCUGUGUUUGUACAAAGCUACUACCUUGACAGAGAAGCAGGCCGAGCACCAGGUGAUGCUGUGCACAAGAUUUACCCUGGAGCCUACAUCAAGGUGUUUGACCUGCGGCAGUGCCAUAGACAGAUGCAGCAGCAAGCGGCGACAGCUCAGGCUGCCGCUGGCGCCCGGCCUGGUCCGGGUAGUGUUGGAGGUAUCGCGCCUGCAGUUAGUCUGUCUGCAGCAGCUGGGAUCGGUGUAGACGACCUAAGACGACUGUGCAUCCUGCGGCUCAGCUUCGUGAAGGGCUGGGGCCCUGACUACCCCCGGCAGAGCAUCAAACACACCCCUUGCUGGGUAGAGGUCCAUCUACAUCGAGCUCUGCAGCUUCUGGAUGAGGUGUUGCACACCAUGCCAUUGGCAGACCCAGGGCCUGCUAACUAAAGACAGAGACCAAGUUCAAAUUCCAAUAUGGAUUCUGAAUAUUCACACACAGACACACAUUUGGAUAUUUCUGCUUCAGGCCAAAUAUGCUAUCUAAUUAAUAAAAAAGAAAAUCAAUCAGAAACACAUGGAAAACAGAGGUGACCAACAACACAUUAUGCUUGUAACAAUCAGGUACAAGCUUCUCUCAGACAUAUGUACACAUACACACGGACACAGUGAAACCAGAAGGUCUGUAUCCACACAGACAUAAAGGUUCUGAUGUCGUUGGGAAUUUUCUAAUGCUUUAUGCUCUACAAUCUAAAGUCAGAUAAAAAGAAGUGGGGUCUCUGAAGGUAAAGAUUUUGAGUUUGUGUCCUUGCUAGUGUGUGUGUCCUAAAGACAUUAUUAUACACUGCAGAAAUCCAGGGAUGUUUCAGAAAUGCAUUCCCUUAUAUGCAAUGUGGAUUUCUUCUAAUUGUGAGAGUGUUGGGCUGAUUGACUCAUGGAAUACACACAGACCUGUAAAUAAUGUUCUCCAGGCGUGGACAACACUCAGACAGAUAACUGCUUACCUCUGGAAAAGUACAUUCAGACUGAAUCCAAACAGCAUUAAACCUCUCUUUAUGUCUUAACAACAACAGAAGGGAUGCAGAAGUAUAGAUUAAGGAAGCCAGUGUUUUGUCAUCUCUGUGCUUGUACUGUGCUCUUCAUUGUAUCUUGAUCUAAACUCCAACUGUUAACAUCAAUAGCUGGUUAUCCCUCAUAUUACACUCAGCUCAAACUAUUUUAUUUUUGUACCAAAAGUCUAAAAAGUGAAAAACAUUUAGCUUUAAAGUUGUGUUGUUGUUCUUUGUAAUGAAGCAGUACUACUCUGUAUGUAACCAAAUGGUUGGUGGAAAUCACCAAAGCCAGAAUACCUCAUAGCUACAGUGCAAAGUCACAGUUCCCUUUUCCGCCUAAGCCGCACACACUUUGUUCGUCACUGAUAGGCUGAGGUCAGUUUGAGAUUAUAGACUGGGUAGAGGCAGUAAUGGACACACGGACUGAAAUUUGGUAUGCUCUGCAGUUUUACAGCACAAUGGACUUGUGAGAGAGAAUUAUAGUGACUUGUAAUGCACAGAGACAGAAACCUGAGUGCAUGUAUUGUCAGACCAAACAUCAGCCAGUGCCUUUGUGUUCUGUGGUCUGACCUGUUAGAAUAUCAUCUCUUCCAGUCAUCUCUUACAAACAUGUAUCUAGCAGUUUUUGUGAACUCUGGCUUGUUGUUUCCAGCAAGGUCAUGUGUGUGACCAUAAAAGAAAAGGAGGAUUGAAAAUAGCUGGAGCCUGCUCAGUUUGGGCAGGGACCUGUGUUUCAGGACAGUGAAGACAUUGUCUUCUCUCAGUUUAUCUGUCAUCACUCUUUUUAAAUUCCAUACAGCACAGCUGUCACUGACCUGGAUGUAUGCGUUUCCUGUCAGAUUACUUUGAGAUCAUAAAAUAAUUACCUGGAGCCAAAACUAACAGUGGGUCUUAUCUUUCUAUUAGGAGUCCUCCUGAAUGCUGCUGCAGGUUCCAACCAAAGAGCUUCCUCUUACAAGAGCUCGUAAAUUAGAUUAGAUGAAUGAAAAGAUAAAGUCCAUUAAAUAUAAAGUUAAUUUAAAAUCAAAAAUUGAAUCAAAUGAAUGAAAAGUUCAAAAAUAUUUCAUGUGGUGAUUAUUUCCUACUUUCAGUGGGCUGUCAAACUGGGUUUGAAAGAUACCAUACACCUAGGUGCCCUUCAAACUACAAUGCUUUGUGAAUUAUUCUCAGACCAAAACCUUAGUGGUCUAAAGAUGGGACUGACGCACAUCGCUUUUAGGAGUUUCUCCUAGUCAGCAGCUACUUUUAGCCCUAGAAUGUUUUGUGAACACAACCACUUGAUCACUGACGUGAGUGCAGCAGGGCAUAUUGUUAACCUGAUUAGCAGGAGACAUGAUCGGUACGCUGUGACUUGUUCAGUUAUCCAACUACAAAAACACAACUAAAUCCUGGGUUAGUAUGUGUUACUAACACAAGGUAAGAAACGAUGAGAAAUUUUUCUGCCAGAGUAAAGCUGAUGUAGUUUCAAAUGCAGUUUUCCUUAACCAAAGGGGGGGUGGGGGGUUUGAGCAUUGGUGUGCUUGGUAUUUUCCUGCCAUGAAUGAAUGAGGUUCUCUCAUACCCUUUAAAAGCACUGCCAGAAACCUGACUUUGAUUGAUGACACUGAUGUCAUGCACGGAAAUAUAUGGAAUACAGCAGAGAAAGACUCUCCUUCUCUCUUCUUCUCCUACUAGUUAUGUACGCCACUCUUAAAUUGUGAUGGGAAAAAUCUUGACUAUAGACGUAAUGCACAUAACGUUUCACUCAGCAGUCUGCUAAUUUCACUGACCAGCUUUUGUGUAUAGAAGACAGAAAGACUCUGGUCCUGUAACCAGCAGCAAUUGUAUAGUAUAGGUUACAGCUGCAUCCAGUGUGCAAAAUACACGAGGGUUGUGGGAGUCUCAAGCUUUCUGAGCUCAGAGCCCCAGAAAAUCUCAAAGUGGAAUUUCAGGGGGGGGCUUGAAAUGUGCCAAUUUACUUUUUAUUUUUCUUCCAACACAAUUUAUUUGCAUGUUUAAAUGUUAAUAAUACAAAAGUACAAUAAAAAUAUAUUGCAAUCACUGUUUUUAUGGUGUUGUACCAAAAGCAAUCGUCCUCCAGAAACUGAUUGUGCUUCACAUGAGCGAGCAGCUUGUCAACGAUGCAUCUUUUGUUGAGAUCACACCAUCAUAAAAUGCAAAAUAAGACAAUGUAUAUUCUUGUAGUACUUUAUAAAAUGUGAUCAUUUGAGGAAAUUGUAACUGAACAGUAAGUGACAGCAGCACCAAACUAAUUUUACCUGCUGCCUGUAACGUGACUGAUCGAGACAUCUGCAGGGAAUUUAUUAUUUAUUAUGGCUCAUGAGCUGCUUUCAUGUAUUACUUUAUGAGCGUAAGUGUAAUUAUUACUAUUGUCACCCACCCCCAACACUUCCCUUUGCCCCCAGGUCAAAAGGAGACCCUUUCCAAAAUGCAUGAUGUAAUGUGUACCCUGGAUGUGCACAUGGAGUGUCAUGACACGUGCCAGCCCUGUUUGAUCAUAUUCAUAUCUAAAGCCACAUACUGAGGACUAGUUUAUUUCACCUGAAAAUAAUGUUUCUAAAUUAUCACCCAUAUUCCAUAAUUCUGAUAAUUUCACAUUAAACUGUUUACAGUGAAUUCUGGCAGAUCAGUUAUGGAUUUACAAUAGGACUGUUGUUUACAUUUGGGUACCUGUUCUUGUGCCUCCCAGUCUAAACUCUUGUCAGGAAAAUUGUGAAAAAAAUGUUGUGGUCAGGUUUCAGUGCAAAUCCAAUUUGGGGUCAGAAUGAGCACCAACAUUGCACUGCAUUGCCUAAUCGGCAUAAACAUGACCUCAGCAUAAGCACAUUCAUUCAUGGCAGGAAAAUACCAAACACACCAGUGCACAAAAAACAGUACACUUGUGCCCAAGGAAAACUGCAAAGACCACACUGGAAGCUCCUCUAGGUUUGUGCUGGCAGAAAAAAGACUUUACAGAGUGAGCAGACAGUUUGUACCACUGACCAUAUUUUACUGUCCAAGUUAGUCAAAUCUUACAAAUCUUAAAAUGCCACUCUCUGUCUUUCCACCAACAGAAUGUGUUCUAGAACAAAACAUUAGCAUAAAAAUACCCAGAGGCACUGUCUAACUCAGACUGCAGAGUGCGUAGAGGAGGAGCGUUUACACUGAGCCAUAAGUAUUUCAGCAUACCGACUCUAUGUGUAGUGUAUAAAGAUAUACAUCCAUCCAUUCAUUAUCUGGAGCCAAUCCCAGCUGACAAUGGGUGAGAGGCAGGGUCCACCCUGGA